AUGCACACUUUUUUUUAACCGCGCACUGGAGGCGUGGAGUUCGCGCUUCUGACAUUCUCUCCCGCAGUAGCUCUUCUCCAGCGAGCCCUAAUGACACCACCCAGAGACACCGCGGCUGAAGAAAACUGUUUUUUGAGUGUGUGUGUGUGUGUGUGUGCGUGCGUGGAAGCGCGAUGUUUUAAUACCGCCGGACGUGUUUGAGCAGAUCUUUUAAUUGGAGCAUAUAACGCAGAGCGAAUUCCGUGGGAAUAGUUUGUUUUGCAAACACUGGAGAGCACCGACGCCGCCAAAAGGCCCUUUCCCAAAGAACGCAACUUUGUGUAGCCUACUUCGAGUUAUUGUUUGCAGCCUACUGUCUGUGUUCUCGACAUGGAGUAGCUCGGAAGCGCUGUUCCUUGACUCGGUUUCUCGCUUAUGGACGACUGUAGUAGUCCCCUUUCUCCGAAGGCAAACGCUUUCAGUAUUGCCUGUCUGAUUUCAGCGAGGGAUCAAGCGGGAAACACAGCGUUUGACAAACACGCCACUAGCCUGGACACGCAAGUGGUGCAAAACUGCUCCAGAUCCAUUCAAAUGCACUACAGCACAGUCACGCGGGAGAUGGAAGCCUUCACGACCAGCAGCCUGAGCAGUCUCAAUACGCCUGGGAGUUACCAUCUCUCUCCUUCCCCUGGGGAUCCAUACAGCCACCAUGAAAGCCAGUUUGAGCCGUGCCCUGCUGCCCAGCACAGCUACAGCUAUUCCGGAUCCAACCCAGCGCAGGCCCCGGCGGACACCGCAGCGUCCAACUGCUCCUCGUCAAGCUCAACGCCGAACAAAACGCUGGUGAAAAAGAACCCUAAAGUAGCCAAUAUUAAUGUACAUUUGGAAAUGAAGGCGCUCUGGGAUGAAUUUAAUCACCUUGGGACUGAAAUGAUUGUCACAAAAGCUGGGAGACGAAUGUUUCCUACAUUUCAAGUCAAAAUAUUUGGAAUGGACCCAAUGGCAGAUUACAUGCUCCUGAUGGAUUUCCUACCAGUGGAUGAUAAACGAUACAGGUAUGCCUUCCACAGUUCAUCGUGGUUGGUGGCUGGGAAAGCUGAUCCAGUGACUCCAGGAAGAGUGCACUAUCACCCCGACUCACCUGCCAAAGGAGCGCAGUGGAUGAAACAGAUCGUGUCCUUCGACAAACUAAAACUAACCAACAAUCUACUGGACGAUAACGGACAUAUCAUACUGAACUCAAUGCACAGAUACCAGCCCAGAUUCCACGUGGUCUACGUGGAUCCUAGGAAAGACAGUGAGAAAUACGCCGAGGAAAAUUACAAGACGUUUGUUUUCGAGGAGACCAGAUUUACCGCCGUCACAGCGUAUCAAAACCACAGAAUAACGCAACUGAAAAUCGCCAGCAAUCCGUUUGCCAAGGGCUUCAGAGACUGUGAUCCGGAGGACUGGCCCAGGAAUCAUAGGCCGGGCUCUCUGCAAAUCAUGAGUGCGUUUGCUCGAACCAGGAACCCCAUGUCCUCUCCCCCACUGCAGAACGGCACAGAGAAAGAGGACAGCAGGAGAGAAUACGACCGUGACCCCAGCGGCACUCCCCUCCAUUCGGACCCCGCUCACCAGCUGAUGUCCCGAGUCCUCAGCCCGGCCCUUCCAGUCCUUAGCGGCCUGCACACCAUGCCCCUCACAGCCGGCCCUCGCAGCCCACCCCACGAGCUACGCCUGGAAGGACACCCACAACCCCCAGACACCCUGCACCAUCAUCCAUACAAAUACCCAACCACCUACGAACACUAUCUGGGAGCCAAAACCAGGCCGUCCCCGUAUGCCUCACCGAGCAUCAGAAGCCACGGUUACCAUCCUCACAUGAACCCAGCCACGGCCAACAUGUACUCUGCAACGAGCGUGCCGACUAAUUACGACUACGCUCCCAGAUAAUGACCCCAAAUCGGAUUCAGAUCGAGAGCCGUACUGAGAAAAUACACACAAACCUUGAGUCCCAGACUCACGAAACUUGUUGGGUUUUGGGUCGGGCACAUCUUUUGCAAUGGCUUCUAAGCGUUGGAAAAAGAAGCGGUCGUAUUUAUUGACGGGAGAAAUGUCACAAAUGUCCUUGUGGAGCAUUAGGAUGAGCCCUGUGGACCCAGCAUUAGCUCUGGACGGCAGGGCACCUGGAAACUGCAGUAUAACUAGUGUUUGGAGCAAGGAGGAGGACAAAGACUUCUUUAGACAAAUAAUGCAUUAUCACGGACUGGAAUUGAACUUUUGUGUUGGAUGCACUUUUUGUUUUUGCUUUUAAAAAGCCAUAAAUUAUAUAUCACCCUUGAGCCAUUGAGCUUCUAGAUAGAUGGAAUAUUUGCAUGUUGCGCUGUUUUGAAGAUGCUGAAAAGCCCUGAAAUUGUUUUUUUUUUCUGGUUGAGAAUGAAUGUUUUUUUUUUUUUAAAUGCUAGACCACCUUUAGCAACUAGAUGCUUGAAGCUUGUAACGUGGCACUGACGUACAGCAAUUCAAAUAAAUACAUGAACAGAAUGACUGUGCUGAACUUGUAAAAUAAACAUUACAUAUUUGACCUUUAAGCAUGUUCAUUAGCAUUUGCAAUUCCUCUCCAGAUUUGCCGGAAGCUUUAUCUCAUUCUUUC